CACUACCAGGUGGACCUGGGGGUCUGAGGGGGGAGACCAUCACCAUCGCUCCCACAUGCCUCGCUCCCAUCGGAGCCGGAGGGAGCAGGUGGGGUCGCCAAUGCCAUCCCCCCACCCGGAGGUGGGAGACCUGAACUGCCUGUUGAUCAACGAGGAGGGUUACCUGCAGGACUCCAGCGUCGUGUACCCAGAACAUGGUGUCCCAGAGUCAGGUAGCAGAGCCGGCCACAGGGGGCUAACCUCCAUCCACUCUGGAAGCUCAGCCCACAACAACACAGAGAACCUGUAUGGUGCCGCUGACGACUUUGGACUCUCUUUAAACCUCAGAGAUCGUUCACAAGAGCAGGUAACAGGAGUAGGGGGGAGGCGUCAUGCCUGCAAUCAAUGUACCAUGACCUUCCCAGACUUUGGUUCCCUCAAGGCCCACAAGCAGACACACAAAACUGGUAGAGAGUCAGGGUCUGGGCCUCCGUACUCCUGCACCCAGUGCGGUAAGACCUUCACCCAGGCCUGCAACCUCAAGGUCCACCAGCGAGUCCACCAGGCCAAGGGACUCCACCUCUGCAGCCACUGCGGCAAGGGCUUCACCUCCUUCUCCGACCUGAAGAGGCACAAGUGCAGCCAGACCACAGACAAGCCCUACUGCUGCUCCAUCUGUGGGAACAAGUUCAGUCGGCUCUGGAACCUGAAGGUGCAUCAGCGCAUUCACACGCAGGAGAAACCCCACUGCUGCAAUAUGUGUGACAAGAGCUUCACACGGGCAGACAUUUUGAAAGUGCACCUGCGCACCCACACUGGGGAGAGACCGUACUGCUGUUCUGUGUGUGGACUCAGCUUCAAACGACUGGCACAUCUGAAGUCACACCAGCGCAAACACAGGCCAAAUCACCUGGACUGAUUUUUUUAUUGAUACAUUUUUUUGUUAUAUAACAGACACUUACAAUUGCUACAUUAAUCUUCGAACAGCUAGUUUUAUUAUUUUAUUUGACAUUGAGAACAUUUCUUGUGAUCAGUUCUUUAUUAAUAAGGACAUUGAAAAUAUGAACAUGUUUGCUGUGAUCUAGUGUACAAUAAAUUAGGCGGCUCUGCUAUUCUUACAACUUUGCCCGGUCAAAAAGGCGGAACUACUUUUCUAUGACUUCUGAUCCUUCUAGCCUUGAUUUUCAUUUUUAUAAUUUUUAUAGUACUUUUUAAUAUGUAUAAUUUUUACUAGGUGUUGUCCAAUUAAUUCUGUAACCCUCUUCAAAUCAAGUUUGAUUGGAAAAUGCUGUUCAAAUGACAUGCAUUAUCAAAUCUUUGUACUCCCUGACUAAGGCCAUGCAGCCGAAACGCGUCUGAGUUUAAUCUUUGUUUUCAUUUAACAUGCCGUACAAAUAAAGGCAUUUUAAUUAAUUAUU